CGGAGACGCGCGGAAAUCAGUUGUUUGUUGGUGAAACUGUGUGUUCUAAACUCUUUCUCCAGCAGCAUGGACAGCAUCAGGACGGCGGUGUACCUGGGUGUGUGUGUGUUACUGAUCAGCACUGUGUGUCAGGCUCACACGGCUCUGGACAACCGACUGUCUGUGUCCGAGGAGCAGCUGGUCACCAGAGACAUGGCUGAAGCACUGGAAAGCCUUCUGGAAGGAGAUGGAGAGAAUCAGAUAGCACUGGAUAAAAGAGCCAGCAUCAUUCCAAGGUGUGACGUAGGAGAGCGGUGUGCCCUGAAGCAUGGACCACGCAUUGGCCGUUUGUGUGACUGUAUGAGAGGCAGUGCCUGCAACACCUUCUUCCUGCGCUGCUACUGACUGAGCCUUAAGAACUCCACUUUCCAGCAGGUGUAGCUCUGGUGGAAUAUUAUAUUGCUGAUGUCUUAAAAUCGUUGUCUAGUUAAAAGUAUCAUGAAUGUUUGAUAAAGAUACAUGUACUAUUUUUGUUUAAUAAAAUGUCUUUAAGACACAUUGAUCCUGUAUAAUUAGUGUUUAAUUCUGUGUUUAUUGUGAGAUGCAUUUAAAGAGAUACAAUACAGUAUGUUAUAAAGGUAGAGCUGUAUGAAUGUUAAUACAAUCCAAAUUUUUUUAAAAACACAUGGUAAAAGCAUUGUAGUAGAAUAUCAAGCAUUGGACUGUGACGGUAGACGGUGAAAUGAUAAAUUGUAUUUAUUUAUUUAUUUAUGUAAAAUGUGACCAUAUAUCGUGCAUGGAUUAUUAAAAGAAUACUAUCAGUCAUAUGAUUAAAAGACACAUAUUA